AUGACCAAACGGAUGCCGAACAAGGAACAACCAAAUAACGGAAACACAAGAAACAUUUUAACCAUGGAAAAUAUUUUGAAGGAAAAAGAUAGAGACAAUAAUAAAAAGGUGAAAAACAAAUUAAUUUUAAAAAAUAAAAAAAACACAAGUAGUACAUUUAACAAUAACGAAAUGAGAAUACUAACUAUCCCAAAGCAUCGCAUAUCAUCUAUAAAAACAAAUUGGAUGGAAUUAAUUAAACCAAUUGUGACUCACUUAAAGUUAGAAAUAAGAAUGAAUGGAGAUAAAAUAGAAGUAAGGACAUGUAAAUUGACUGAAGAUAAAAAUAACUUGCAAAAAUCAUCUGAUUAUAUAAAGGCAUAUUUACUUGGAUUCACCAUCGAAGAUUCUUUAGCCCUACUAAGGAUAGACGAUUUAUAUAUAGAAAGCUUUCAAGUCAAGGAUGUGAAGAUAUUAAAAGGGGACCACCUCUCGAGAUGCAUUGGGAGAAUAUGUGGUAGUAAUGGUGCAACAAAAUAUGCUAUAGAAAAUGCCACAAAAACGAGGAUAGUCAUAGCAGGAGAUAAAAUUCAUAUUUUGGGUAGCUUUAACAAUAUCAAAAUGGCUAGAUAUUCCAUUUGUAGUUUAAUUCUUGGUUCAACACAAGGGAAAAUUUUUAACAAACUGAAUAUCCUUGCGAAGAGAAUGAAGGAGAGGUUUUAG